GAGGAGAAACACAUCUGUAAGAACACCAUAGCCAAUCACCAAAAAUCACUGAGAGGCUCCUUUUAUGUUAUGUGAGAUUUGCUUUGAUAGCUCGAAGCAGAUGCGUGAAGAUAAUCCUCCGAUUGCACCACCUUUCGGGACUUGGGCACAAAUUGAUCUGCUCCAAGUGUCCUUCGCACGGAUUUUCUUUAGCAAUUAAUCAUUGGUGGCAACAACAGACACAAAAGAGGAGGGGAAAAAGUAAUUUCUAGACAUUAAAGAAGAAAUUAUGGCCGAGGCAUUUGCUAGCUCCGUUGCGUCGAAACUAGGUGAGUGCCUGUUUGCUCCCAUUGGACGCCAAUUUGGGUAUGUGCUGCACUACAAGAGCUACGUCGAAGAUCUCAAAAAUGAAGUAGAGAAGCUGGAGACUGCUAGGGAAAGGGUGCAGCACUCUGUCGAUGAAGCCUUGUAUGAUGGAAAACCUAUACACACUGAUAUUAAGAAUUGGUUGGAAAGCGUGGAGAAUAAGGCUAAGGAAGCACGAGAUUUGUUAAAACAUGGUGAAAGUGCAAAAAAUGCUUACUUCCGUGGGAGGCUUCCCAACCCCACGGUACGCCAUCCAAUUGCCAGGAAGGUGAAGAAGAUGACUGAAGUCAUUCAAGAACUCUAUGAUGAAAGUGCAAAUAAUAACUUUCAGAAGGUCUACUAUGAGAAUCCUCCAAUAGGAAUUGUCACUGCUACGACUUUUGCUGCAAGAUCUGUUGACAAGAAAGAAGAUGUCCUAGAGUCAAGGGCUUCAAUCACAGAGGAUGUAUUGAAGGCUAUAACUGAUGACAAGAUCUGUGUGGUUGGGGUGCAUGGACCAGGUGGGGUUGGCAAGUCCAAGCUUUUGGAGGACAUUGAAAAGCGAGUUAAGAAAGAGAAGUUGUUUGAUGUGGUUGCCAUGGCAAAUGUAUCACGCAAUCCAGAUUUAAAAACAAUCCAGGAAGAAAUUGCUUAUGAUCUAGGGCUAAAGCUAAUGAAUGUGGAACCUCCUCGUGGGAGAGCCAAUCGUUUGCGUGAGAAAAAAAUUCUCAUAAUUUUGGAUAAUUUGUGGAAGAAGCUAGAAUUGAAAGAUGUUGGAAUUCCUUGUGGUGACGAUAAUAAAGUGAGAGGUUGCAAACUAUUGCUAUCAUCUAGAAGUGGAGAAGUUUUACGCUUUGACAUGGUCUCUGACCGAGAAUUCCGACUCAAGGAGCUAGACGAUCGGGAAGCAAGAAGACUUUUUGAAAGGAUAGUGGGGAACAAAGUUUAUGAUCCCGAGUUUAGACCCUAG